CACAUCGAGAGACGGAGCACACCUCCCUCCCUUUAGUGUACCCUCUGUCACAACAGACUCCGAUUUAAAACCGGCUGCUUCAUCCAGGCAUGGCAGACGGUUUUACCCCAUCAUGGCAGUGCGACAUUACAUCCUUGACCUCAAGCUCACCGCACCAGUUGAUGUUUCUGCGACUGUGCAUGGCCUGCAGUCUUUAUUUCAAGAGCAGGAAAUGACAGAGACUAUCCAUGACUCUGAGGGACAUGGAUAUCUGGCCACCUUCAUCGGGAAGAAUGGCAGGUUUGCCAUCCUACGAAUGCACUCACAUGGUCUGGUGACCUUUGACCUGCAGUGUCUUGAAGGGGAUGAUGUAGCGCAAGUGGACAAUCUACUAAAUGCACUGGAAAACAAAUUAAAGGCUCUCCUUGAUGGGAAUAUCCAAAGGAUCAAGAGGCUCCCAGCACUAAUUCGAGGCAGCGAUGUGGACAGAUACUGGCCCACAGCUGAUGGCAGAUUAACAGAGUACGACAUUGAUGAAGUUGUGUACGAGAAAGAUUCAGAAUACCAGAACAUCAAAAUCUUGCACUCACGGCAGUUUGGCAAUAUGCUCAUCCUCAAUGGAGAUGUCAAUCUAGCAGAAAGUGACCUGCCCUAUACUCAGGCCAUUAUGGGCAGUGGAAAAGAGCACUAUGCUGGAAAAGAGGUACUUAUUCUGGGAGGAGGAGAUGGAGGGAUUCUGCAUGAGGCGGUGAAGCUUAAACCAAAGAUGAUCACCAUGGUUGAGAUUGAUGAGCUGGUGAUUGAUGGAUGCCGGAAGCACAUGAGGAAGACGUGUGGGAAUGUUUUAGAUAACUUGAAGGGAGAUUUUUAUGAGAUUUUGGUUCAGGACUGUGUUCCAGUACUUAAAAAGUUUGCCGAACAAGGGAGAACGUUUGAUUACGUCAUCAAUGACUUGACAGCUGUUCCCAUCUCUACAGCACCUGAGGAGGAUUCAACGUGGGAAUUCCUGAGACUCAUUCUUGAUCUUUCAAUUAGAGUUCUGCGACCUGGUGGGAAGUAUUUCACACAGGGUAACUGUGUGAAUCUGACUGAUGCGCUCGAUGAAUAUGAAAAACUGUUGGGGAGACUUUCAUGCAAAGUGGACUUUUCCAAAGAGGUGGUCUGUGUGCCGUCUUAUAUGGAGCUGUGGGUGUUUUACACUAUCUGGAAGAAGUAAUGUCUCUUCCUCUGUCGCUCUCUCCUCCAAGUCCUGCCCGAAUGUGAAGACCUUUCCCUCACCCUCUGAUGCACUUAGGGGAGACAUGCACAUCUCUCUCCAAGCACUGUUUCUGUUUCUACUGUCCGUUCACGUUUAGAUAUGAACAGCCUUCUUGUUUUUUAACAUGGCUAUUUGCAGUUUGUGAAAUUAGAGCGAUCCUAAUUUUGUUUGUUUGCCAAUGUUGGUUUGAUGUUCUUUGCGUGGGACCCCGGGGGCGCUGUGGGUGCAGUGUGUGAGUGGACACUGCUGAUGAAUCUGAAGCAUCUGGACACAUUUCUGUGUCUUGCCUGUGAGGAUGGGCUGUUUUUUAUUUCUUUUUGAGUCCCAGAUGAGACAGAAAGCUCUUUUCUGAUUUUACAAUGCUCAAUUUGUGUUUUACUGUAGCUUCACUGAAUUUUUUUGAAUUUGUUUGCGUUUGGUUUUGUAGCAGUGGCUUGAGUGUGAUUAAACUCAUGGUGCUUCACAGAGAUGAUAAUGAUGGUGUUGCGUUCUGGGACUGCAUCAGAUGGUCAAUUGAAGCAGAAGCCCCUAAAUUUGUCUUAAAAGGGAAAAACCGUUCCUGCUGUGGCAAUAUUCAUUCUUUUUGUUUUUUUUCCUGAACUGUGAAUGUUUCAUUUUUUUAAUGAUUACUAGGUUCAAAGUAGGUUUGCCUGCUUAAUGUUGUUUUUUGCUUUGAUUUUUGUUCUAUUACGAAGAGUUUUUACUGAAUGUAGGCCAUUUAGAUUAAUGCUUUUUAUCCAUAAGAUGCUUCUUUGUAUUAUUUAUUUGAUUUUAUUUCACCAUACACCAGUGAUCCUGCCCUGAAAAAAAACUUAUGUUAAUGAGAGUGAUAAACAUCUAUUAAAGCAGUUGAGGAGAAAAUUG